AGAAAUCUGCAGCUCACAGAAUGAAGAGAUCAAAAUGAUGCUGCCUGUGAAAAGGGAUUAAACUCUGAGCGCCACCUCGCGAGGAUCGGCGGCUGGUGGAUAACACACAUUUGCCACCGGGGGUUGAGCAAGGAGACAUGCCGUCGCUGAGCAUCCGUUGCGACGCUUGACUGACCAUGAUGAAGACCGAAUCCACAUCCAAGAGCACCGGCUCUGGCUCUACGCUCCGGAGCCCAUCCCCGCACAGGAACGCAUACGAGGCGGGGAUGCAGGCCCUGAAGCCCGUCAAAGACAAUGCUGCGAACGGGGACAUGCAGGAGGGCCCCCGAGGGCGCAGGUACGGCUCCAAUGUGCACCGUAUCAAAAACAUGUUCCAGCAGAUGCAAACCACCUCCCCAGCCGACGCAGAGGGAGAGGACGUCGCCAGAAACGCCGACAAAUCGGUGCGCCUCUCCCUCCCCAGAGCCGGGAGCCUGAACGAGAACGUGGACCACAGCGCGCUGCUAAAGCUCGGCUCCACCGUGUCCGAGCGCGUUAACAAGUUCGACAUCAAACCGGAGAAUGGGCACCAGCGGGCCUCGUCGCCCAGCUACUCCAAGCUGCAGGAGACCCGCCGCAUCUUUGAGCAGCAGCAGCAGGAGAGGCAGCAGCAGGAGAAGCUGAGCUCCGGAACAACCUCCACCGCCUCUCAUCUACCCCACCGCUCCCUUCCCGGGGGGUCAGCGCCAAGGUGGGUGUGUUGAACUCCAAAAUAAUCACAAAGAGGGUUUGUGCCUUUGCAGCAGGCAACCAGGAGGAAGAGCUCAGCAAUCAGAAUGGCCAAGAGGGGCCCCCAAGGAGCCUCAGGGGAAGGGUGACUCCCCCGUCUGAAAGCAUUAAUGGGGGCCGAAGCGUUGGCCAAAGUGGCCCAACUACUGAACGUUUCGGUACUGCAGGGGAGCCGAAGGAGCAGAGAGAAAAGACUGUUUCAGAUGCAGGUGUUGAAGCGAAAGCUGAAGUGAGACCUGAGCAGUACUCCGGGGCCCAGGAGCCGGGCAGCUCAUCACUGCAGGGCCACAUCCGCAUCUCCGUGGAGAAUGGAGACACCGCUGCAGAGAAGCAGAGCUCUCCGAAGGGGGGUGAGGCGCUCAGGCAGGAGGGGGAGAUGGCGAAGGAUGCCGAGGAGGAGGAAGACAGGACGCUGAGAGACGACCAGUCGGGACGUGACUCUGUGGAUAUCAGUACCUAUAGCGCGGUGGGGGAAGACUUCGGAGGAAGCCAGGUGGACGAGGAGGAAGAGGAAGUGGAUGACCGCUACGAGCCCGAGUCCAGCUGUGUGGAGAUUGUCGGGCUACCUGUGGAGGAGGACCCGCCCCCUUCCAGGAAGAUCCGCUUCAGCACAGAGCCCAUCAAGGUGUUUGCCACCUACCCCAACGAGGACUAUGACAGGCGUAAUGAAGACGUGGACCCCAUGGCAGCGUCUGCUGAGUACGAGCUGGAGAAGAGGGUGGAGAGGCUGGACCUGUUCCCUGUGGAGCUGGAGAAAGAUGGCGAUGGCCUGGGCAUCAGUAUCAUCGGGAUGGGUGCAGGGGCUGACAUGGGUCUGGAAAAGCUGGGUAUCUUUGUAAAGACGGUCACAGAUGGAGGAGCAGCACACAGGGAUGGCAGGAUCCAGGUGAAUGAUCUGAUUGUGGAGGUGGACGGGACCAGUUUGGUGGGAGUCACCCAGAACUUUGCUGCCUCCGUACUCAGGAACACCUCAGGAACUGUCAAGUUCAUGAUCGGGCGAGAGAAGCCGGGUGAACAGAGCGAAGUGGCCCAGCUCAUCCAGCAGACCCUGGAGCAGGAACGCUGGCAGAGGGAGAUGAUGGAGCAGCGCUACAACCAGUACAUGGACGAACAAGAGGGUGGCGAAUACGGCACAGAUGAGGAAGAGGACGAUGAUGAGGAAGUCAGUCCGCCGUAUCCCAGUGCCAUCGAGGUGUUUGAACUGGCAGAGAACGAGGACAUGUCGCCUCUGGAGACAGACCCGGAGAAACUGGCCCAUAAAUACAAAGAACUCCAAAUAAAGCAUGCGGUGACCCAGGCUGAGAUCCAACAGCUGAAAAGAAAGCUGCACCACGCGGAGCAGGAGAAGCAGCGCUGGCGUAUGGAUAAGGCCCAGCUGGAGCAAACCCUGCAGGAGAACAAGGAGCGUAUGGAGAAGCUCGAGGGCUACUGGAUGGAGGCUCAGAGCCUGUGCCAGGCAGUGGAUGAGCACCUGAAGGAGACACAGUCCCAGUAUCAGGCCCUGGAGCGCAAGUACAGCAAAGCCAAACGCCUGAUCAAGGAGUAUCAGCAGAAGGAGAUUGAGUACCUGAAGAAGGAGACCCAGCGUUGUGCACAAGUUGGAGCUGAGGCCUCUCUUCUGAAAGAGGAGUCUGGACAACUCCAAGAGCAGGUGGCUGACCUGGAGUGCAGGGUGGAGGAGCUGAAAUCUGAACCUUUAUAAAAGCCUUUGUCCGUUUCCGCUUCUCAGAAAGCAGAAGAUAAGUGUUAUUGUACUUGCAAUGACCUGCAGGGUAUUUCUCGUCUCCAACUUGAGCUUGGUUUCUGGUUGCAUACUGUAUAUGUGUCCUCAGGCUAUUUCGGCCACUUAACCCUUUUAACCAUGUUUUUCUGUUAACAUUUAUGGGAACGUGAAGAACGGUUUUAGCAUCACAAAUACAGACUCUGUCGAGCUCUAGAUGUGUACUGUUCCUUUUUAAUUUUCAGAGUUCAGUAUUUAAUCCCUUAAUUUGUGGUUUUGUGACAGACCAGGCUGUUGCUUUUAAUUGCCAAAAAACAAUUUCCUUUCUUUCUUUUGCCUAGUUUUGUGACCUUUUUUUGAGUUUGUACAGAUGUGAUACUGUGUGGUUUAACAAUCAGUUUGGUUUGUAAAAAAUUUUAAUGUCUAUAACAUUUAACAUAAUAUAAACUAAUGAGAUUGA